AUGAGAUUCAAGAAAGGAACUAAAGUAGAAGUGUUGACCAAAUCAUCACUUCCAUCUGGUGCUUGGCGAUCUGCUGAGAUAAUCUCAGGUAAUGGCCAUUAUUACACUGUCAUGUAUGAUGCUGAUGAUAGUACACAGAGGGUACCAAGAAAGAGUAUGAGACCUGAGCCUCCUCAGAAAAUGCAAGUUGUACAUUCUUGGUCUCCUGGUGACGUUCUUGAAGUUUUCCAGAGCUGUUCCUGGAAGAUGGCCAUCUUUUCCAAGGUUUUGGAGAAUGGUUGUGUCUUGGUUAGAUUACUUGGCUCCUCAAUGAAUGUCAAGGCAAACAAAUCUGACAUCAGAGUUAGACAGUCUUGGCAAGACAACGAGUGGAUCAUGGUCGGACAGGGUGCAUCGAGAUUAAGCCCGCAGACUUCAACAGGAAAGUUAAGGAGCAAAGGCAAGACCAAUGAGUGUGAUGUACUUUCGACUAAAGGUCCAAAGAAACGGACCUACACUUUGGUUACACCACACAAUCAAACUACACAAGCUGAAGAAGAAGAUAGAGAGAGUAUUGCUUCUUCUGUUGGUAGUUGUAGCAUGGAAAUGAAUGGUUUAACUACUCUCUCUUUCACCCCCAUAGAAACAGGCCACUCUAGUGACACAGAGUCAUCUUCUUGCGGCUACAGAAGCAUCAAGUUCAAGAAGAAGUCUGGCUUUACAGCAAAAGGCUCAGAAGCUGCUGAUAUUCAUAGGUUAGAGUUGGAUGCAUACCGAUGCAGCAUCGAGAGAUUGCACGCAUCUGGACCGAUUAUAACAUGGGAACAAGAAACGUGGAUCACAAACCUCCGUCUGAGGUUGAACAUCUCCAAUGAAGAACAUCUGUUGCAGAUAAGAAACCUCAUCUCUGAUGAUAACAGUUCAACAUACAGAUAA